AUGAAUUUUAUCAAGAAGUUUAUUGGGACGACUACUACCGAUGAGGUUGCGCUGAUUCCGUCAGGAAAGCUUUAUCUCACACGUUCAAAACAAUCCCCAAAGGGGGCAAUUGAGUGUCUCUACAAUGAUGCGUUUGCGUCAAUCAAAAAGACGACCAGCCCAUACUACUAUCAAUUGUGUAUCACCAAAGUUUACCAAGAGGGCGAAGCUGAUUUCAAUAGAUUUGAUGAUUCAGAAGAGGAGUAUGAUGGGGAGGAGCUGGCACCUACAAACGAUACCAGACGCCAAUCUAAAGACGAGUGGAUUUUCCCCAUUGCCGAUGAAUUGAAGAUUCAUGUUUGUGAGAAGGAAGAUGGGUCGAGAGCUAUUGCAUGGAAGGAUGUGAAUGGCGAUUUGGGCGAUAAGUUUGAGUUUGUUAUUGAUGAGGAGGUGAGGGGUAGUGAAGUUGAAGCAUUUGGGAUGACCAUCUACAAGUGUUUAUUUGAAAACAAGUACCAAACAAGCUAUGCAAAGGUGAAUGACCCCAAUCAAUUGAAGGAGUUUAUCUAUAAUCCCAAGGGAGAGUUGUUGACGUUUGAUGAACUAAAGGAUUUGAAUGAUUUAGAGGAGUAUGAGACAGAUGAGUAUGAGGAUUGUGAGACCUUGCCAAUUGACGCGCCAAAGGGAGAAACCAAGUAUGCUAGCACUGAUGUUGACUUGCAUUUGUAUGAUACCAGGACAGGAACAUUUAUUUUACACCUUGCCAAGCCAGAUUUUGAGUUGAAGUUGAUAGAUUUGGGCAAUUGGGAAUAUACACUUUACAUCCAUGGCGAGACUACACGGAUCAACACUACGUUGAGCAAGAAUAUGAACCCCACCUUUAAUUACCAACACUUGUCGUUUAUUUUUAAUGAUUAUACGGUUGACGAAGGCGGGAUCAAUGCGUGUUCGUGGUUGGUCAAGUUUCCUGAUUAUAAUGACAUGUCAAAGUUUCAAACGGUGUUUCUUGGGUUGAUGUAUGAGACGUUGAAUAGACGGAAAUGGGGAGAAACAGAGGAGCACGAUUAUUUUGUUGAUGCAUUUUCUCGGGUUAGUAUUGGUGAUGCCAAGGAUUUGGAGAGUGAGGAAGAAGAAGAAAGUGAAGAGGAAAACGAAGGCGAUGGUCCUGUGAAAUGGGAAACUGAGAAAAACGAAAAGAAUAGCAGUUUGACUGUCGGGUACGCCAAGGAUAGGUCGUAUGUUGUUCGUGGCGACAAGAUUGGGGUUUUCAGUGAAGAUGAUGCAGGUCAACUCAACUUCCAGACGGCAAUUAUCAAUGUUGCAGACUUGAAGGGUAAGCAUUUUAGUCCCGAGAAAAUGCUUCUUCACCAGCAGGACCAGUAUAUGAUUAUUUCGAACCCGCAGUUUGACGAUAAGGCCUUGUACAAGAUGGAUCUUACACGGGGAAAGAUUGUUGAGGAGUGGGAGGUGUCCAAAGAUGUGCCAGUCAAGUCGUAUGCGCCAACAUCAAAGUUUGCCCAAUUGACUGAUGAACAGACGUUGACGGGUAUUUCGUCGAAUGGGUUGUUUACUAUUGACCCGAGGUUGAGUGGCACAAAGUUGGUGAAUGACAAAACGUACAAGGCAUACAAAACCACCAACAACCAGUUUCAGACAUUGGCAACUACCGACAAGGGCUAUAUUGCGUUGGGGUCCGGCAAGGGUGAUAUCAGGCUUUUCGAUAGAUUAGGUGCUAAUGCGAAGACGGCGUUGCCGUCGUUGGGGGAUCCGAUUAUUGGGAUUGAUGUGUCGAAGGAUGGUAGGUGGUUACUUGCCACAUGCAAGACGUACUUGUUGUUAAUUGAUAACAAGAUCAGUGAUGGUCAAAAGAAUGCUGGCAAGUUGGGGUUUACGAAUUAUUUCGACAAGGACAAGAAGCCCACGCCAAGACGACUUGCGUUAAAGCCCGAGCACGAAGCGUAUAUGGUGAGAGAGAAUGGAGGGAAACAGUUGCUGUUUACGCCUGCGUAUUUCAAUACUGGCCGUGACUCUAAAGAAACUACAAUCGUCACCUCGUUGGGCAAGUAUGUUGUUACGUGGUCGAUGGGCAAAGUGUUGUUGGACAAGGAGAACCCGUAUUUGGUGAAGAGGUACACGCAAAACGUUAUUGCUGAUAAUUUCAAGUUUGGGUCGAACAACGAAGUGAUUAUGGCGUUACAGGAUGAUGUUUCUAUGGUAAGUAGACGUAGUUUAGCUAACCCAAAGAAUGUAUUUAAGUAA